CAUGACGAUGGAAUCGAUCUCAGUCACGAAUGCUACAACGCCCCUCGCCCUUUUACCGCCAGCUGUGGCUUUCAAAGUCAGCAUAAUGACAUUUAUCCACGUGGGUUCAACAGCGGUGUUGAUAUGGGAUAUCCUGCAAAAUAUUCGCAACGACUACAAGCUCUUAACACGCUUCAAAAUUGGUGUAUCAGCAAUUACGUAUUUCUUGUCUCGAAUCUCGCUGCUCGCCUAUUGUAUUUCUAGAGCUGUCUUACUCGCCCUCCCUAUGACGCACUGCGCACGGUUAGAAAAUGCGAUGAACGUCAUGCUUGCCAUCUUUUCAUGUUGCAUCUCAACACUCUUUUACCUUCGCAUAUACGCUGUCUAUCACAGCAACAAAAUCGUCCUCGCCAUUUUUACCACCGUUUGGCUAGCGACCAUUGCCAUGUCGGCCACUCUUCCGCUCUGUUUUUCGACGACAUCGAUUGCUGAUCGAUUCUGCCUCGAGAUGUUGACGAAUCGCAACCUCUUUGGAUCGACGUGUCUUGUCCUAUUACUGAAUGAUGUCUUGAUAUUCUCGGCUGUCACUUGCAAACUAUAUACAUUGUACCCAAGGAACGGCGUUUCAAGGCUUCAAAGGUUGGGCCUUCUGAUUUCUGGGAAACCUCUCCCGCAUUUGCCCAAGGUAGUUCUGCAAGACAGCCAGUUCGACUGUCGAUUCAUCACCCUGACGAAAUUCGUUCUUGUCCUCAUCUUUUACCUCGCGGAAGUACCGACGAACGUCAUGCUUAUCAGCUGCCACCUUGUAGUUGUGGGCAUUCUCACUUGCCGUGUCUACCGCAACAUCAGGUUCUCUGUCUGGGUGUACGAAGUGCCUACACAGACGAGGAAUUUCACAUCCCGCGAACUUGCCCCAACAGCCCGCGAGAGAAAGCGCACCACCUUCUUGCCAUAUGGGUCGAGCGGUACUGCUGCUGUCUCCGACCCUAUACCAACACAACAUGACGAAGCCAGGAUUGAUAUGGCCGUGGUGACGCAGCCGUCCGAGGAAGACAUCUCGGAGAGAGAUGUAGGAAGUCCGGAGAAGGCUAAUCAUGGACCAGGUUCUGUAUA